UCUGGGGCAGCUCGGGAAAGGCGGCUGGCGGCGGGCUCUGCUGGUCCUGGUGGCGAGGGCGGGGGCGCGGGGCUCCCCGCUCCCGGCCGGUGCCAUGGGGAACAAGCAGACCAUCUUCACCGAAGAGCAGCUGGACAACUACCAGGCUGGGCAUGCAGAGUCUAGUGAGACAGACUGACACCUCCAGUGUGGUCCUUGUGAUAGAGGACUGCACCUUCUUCAAUAAGAAGGACAUCCUCAAGCUGCACGCACGGUUCUACGAGCUGGCCCCCAACCUGGUACCCAUGGACUACAGGAAGAGCCCCAUUGUCCACGUGCCCAUGAGCCUGAUCAUCCAGAUGCCGGAGCUCCGGGAGAACCCUUUCAAGGAGAGGAUUGUGGAGGCCUUCUCCGAGGAUGGUGAGGGGAACCUCACCUUCAACGACUUUGUAGACAUGUUCUCCGUGCUGUGCGAGUCAGCGCCCCGGGAGCUGAAGGCCAACUAUGCCUUCAAGAUCUACGACUUCAACACUGACAAUUUCAUCUGUAAGUCGGACCUGGAACUGACGCUGGCCCGACUCACCAAGUCAGAGCUGGACGAGGAUGAGGUGGUGCUGGUGUGCGACAAGGUCAUCGAGGAGGCUGACCUGGAUGGUGAUGGCAAACUGGGCUUUGCUGAUUUUGAGGAUAUGAUUGCCAAGGCCCCUGACUUCCUCAGCACUUUUCACAUCCGGAUCUGAGGACCCUGUGAGGGCCUGAAUGCUCAUCAUCUUCAGUGCUAUCUACAGGGCUGUGGCUCUGGCCACCUAGGAGAGGAUCCGAGGCUCUGGGUUUACACCGUCAACAGCAAAAAUCAGCCUUAAUCAGGGAAGAGGAUAUGAGGUGGUCCAGCUCCAGGGCCCCUGGUCCCUCCUGUCCCUCUUGGAGUGGAAGACAGGAAACUUAAGGGGAAGAAUUGGGAUCUCACUUAUCUGUGUACUAGGCAGACCCCCCAGUUGCCCGGUAAUAAGUAGGGGAAAAAAAGAAGUCAGAGUUUUAAUAAGCUAUGCAAUUUUCCCCCCAAAUCCUAGGCUGCACGCUGCCACCCUGCCCCCCUUCCCAAGGCAAAGGGGUUUGGGCAGCUGUCUAAAGGGCUUCAUCCUUGUCACUGUCUGGUUUGUGAGCUCCUCCCAGGCCACCUGGCUGGUGUGUGCUAACCACAGAUUUGUGAACUCCUGUAGUAAAAACUGUGUCCCACA